AUGAUCGUCCUACGACCUUUGUUCUCGUACUUGCUCGUCCUCGCUGCGGUGGCGGAAGCUGCCAACCUCAGACAAGCUCAGCGUAACUUGCAGACUUACACCUCUUCUGACGAAUAUCUUUCCGCCAUGCUCGCCCGUGUCAACCAAGAACGAGCGGCUUACGGAUUACCAGCACUGUGCACCAACAAGAAACUUCAAGCCGCGGCUCAAGGACACUCCGAUGACCAGGCAGCCAACGACUACAUGGAUCACACGGGCACCGACGGCACGAGUGUUUCGGAGCGUAUCACACGAUCAGGCUACGACUGGAGCGCUGUGGCCGAAAACGUCGCUGCCGGCCAACCUGACGUCGAUUCCGUCAUGGAGAACUGGAUGAACUCCCCCGGUCACCGCGAAAACAUCCUCGGCGACUACACCAUGUUUGGCUGUGCCUAUGCGCACAACGCCGGCACUACGUACCAGCACUACUGGACCCAGGACUUUGGAACGGGUGACGCCGAGGAGUGCGACGGCGGUAACGCUGCUGUUGAGGUGCAGAACACUGUUCCUGAAGAGGCCCCCGUUGAGGUGCAGACUACUGUUGCUGAAGAGGCCCCGGUUGAGACGGUCGUGGAUGAACCCGUCACAACUACGGACGACAGCAACGCUCAUGUACAGGAGACUGACGCACCUUGCACGGAUGCCCCAGUCGUUGAUGAGCAUGAGACUUACGCCCCUCACACUGAUCCCCCAGUCGUAGUGUACGAAUCGCAUGAGACCGAGGCCCCUGUCGAGGAGACGGAAGCGCCUUGCACCACCGAACCUCCGAUUGUGGUUGAUCCACGUCCGUACGAAUCGCUCGAAGUCGAGACUCUUGUCGUUGAAACUUAUGCCCCUCACACCGACCCACCACUUCCGUACGAGUCACACGAGACGGAGGCUCCAGUGGUUUAUGGAGAGGAAACAGAAGCGCCUUACAUUACCGAACCGCCGGUCGUCGUGGUUGAUCCCCUUCCGUACACCCCCGUCGUCGAUGGCGAGGAGGGGACGGAAGCGCCUUGCACCACCGAACCGCCGGUCGUCGUGGUUGAUCCCCUUCCGUACACCCCUGUCGUCGAUGGUGAGGAGGAGACGGAAGUGCCUUGCACCACCGAACCGCCGGUCGUCGUGGUUGAUCCACGUCCUUAUGAUCACGAAGAAGAGACGCCCAUUGUGAUUGUGGACCCGCCUGAGGCUUUCACGGAUCCCGUCGCUGAGCAGCCAGAAGAAACCCCCGUGGUCGUGGUGGACCCUCCUGAGGUUACUCCUGCACCUGAGGUGUACAAGAACUACGCCACCCCAACCACCCAAAGCCCGGCGACUGACCACGUGGAGGACUGUGAUCCAGCCUUCUAAGAUGUGCAGUGCAGCGGUGUGAACUCUUUUUUUUGCUUUGUUUUGUUUUUACUUCGAUUGCAUCCUCUAGUUAUUCACGUAAAAAUGAAUGUUGAUCCAUAGAUACUUAAAACUUCGCUUUCAG